AUGAACGGGAUCGUAUAUGACCCGUAUGGAAAACUACUGAAAGAUAGUCACGGUAGACUCUCGAGAAAAAAUGGCGUCAAAGAAGAAGAAUCCAACUGGUAUUGGGAUCCACCGCCUCAGACUUCGAAACCUUUCGACCAUGAAGUGGAAAAACAGUAUAAACUACAAAUUCAAGCAUUACAAGACGAAAUAUCCUCCAUAAAAGAUCGGGUCACCAAUGAUAGUAGACCUGAUAAUGACGAGGAACUGAACAGACUUCGCGAAGAAAAUAAAAACCUCACGAAUAGCUUAGAAGACUUGGAUUGUCAACACCAAACAGCUAUGGAAAAACUUCUGUCCCUUAAAAAAGAGUUACAGAAAAAUUUCGAGCUCUUAAAGCAAGAACACGAAGAAAUGAAAUAUGCCAAUGUUGAGUAUUCGGAAAAUAACAAACGUUUACUAGUGCAAUUGAACGAUAGAGAUAAAGAGAUAGAGAAUAUGAAAUCUUUACACAGUGAUUAUGAAACGCUUCAUCAUAAAUACCAAAAUUUAGAAAGAAUACACAGCUUACUAAGAGAGAACGCAGAAAAGUUUCAAGAAGAAAACCAAGAGCUCCACGAAGAGGUGUUUAAAUUGCAAGAACAAGUUACAAAAUUGGAACAUGAUAUUGAGGUCAUCUCGAAAGAAACAGAAAUGUCUGAAACGGUUCCUAAAGUAAAAUACGAAGAACUUCAGAAAAAGUUAAAAGACAUGCAAGAAAGGCGACCCACCAAUCAAGAUCAUUUAGACGAAAUAAACAUCGAUGAUAACGCAAAAAGUGUCAUAGAAACCCUGAAACGUGACAUCAGCGAUCUAAAACGUAAAUUGGCGGAACGUGAAAAUACUGAUGUAACAGAUAAUAAAACAGUUAAGCCCGAAAAAAUCAUGCAGCUUUAUAAUCGCUAUGUUAAUUUUGAUUUACCAGUUGAUUAUGUUGGGGAGAUGCCAUCUGUAGCAGAUAAUAUAGUAUUGUUUAAGUUGGAAAGUGUAUUUAAAACUAUUAACGCAUUUAAAAAAGAAAUUGAAACGUUAGAACAAAAAUUAUCAGAAAAAAAGCUUAACAUUAGUCAGUUAAAGACGCAAAUGGAAGAUCUGACUGCGGAAAAUGAAUAUCUGACAUCAGAUAUCCAGCAUUUUGAAAGUGAAUUAGAUGAAAUGAAGAAGAACAACGAUUUUCUCAUUUCAGAAAUAGCAGCCCUUAAAAACACUUCCAAACUUGAACCAAUAAUAGAGACACACGAAGAUAAUUUGGUUAAGUUAGAAAGUGAAUUGGCUGAUUGUAAUCAAAUUAAUAAGACAUUUGAAUCAGAAAUAAUGAGAGUAGAAAAGGAAUUGUUUGAAGUAAAGUCAGAAAAAAUCAUUCUACAAGAAAGUUUAAAUGAUUUGCGGCAGAAAUAUACAUCAAUGAUUAAUGAAUUAGAAACUUGCAAAAAUGAGACGAAGGCAGUAGAAGAGCUUGAAAGCAGCACUAACGUUACACAAAAUGCGAAACUCUUAAAAGCAUGUGAUGACAUUGAUGAUUUUAAAAAACGAUUAUCAAAUGCUACUUCAAAGAACGAACAACUCGCUAUUGAUUUACAUAUUGUUGAGAAUGACAAGGUGUUACUUACAAAAGAGGUAGAUGAGUUAAAAAAUGCGUUAGCGGAAAGGUCUUCUUCAAAUAAAGAGUUAGAAUCUUUAAAAGCUGUUUUAGACCAUAAGUUAAAAGACGUAGAAAACAAAUUAGACGCCAUGAUAAAACAUAAGCAAGAUCUAGAAAAUGAAAACUUGGAGCUAUUAGAAAAAGUGAAACUAUUGGAGUCAGAAAAGAAAAAUCAGGAGGAUAUUGAGAUAACGCUUAAACAAAAUAGUCAACUAGCGCUUGAAAUUGAUGACCUGCACAAAAAAAACUCAAAUCUUUUACAACAGUUGAAUGAACUUCGUAAUGAAAUUACACUUCUGGGACAAGAAAAAGAUGAUCUUAUCAAUGAGAACAACUCACUUAAACAAAAUGAAGUUAUUGAAACUGGUAAUCUUACAGAGCUGAAGAAAAUAACGAAUGCACUGCAGAGUAAAACUGAUGAAUUUAACACCUUAAGUAAUGAGUACUUAGCGCUAAAGAAAGAAAAUAGCAAUACCCUUGAAAAUAAGGCGCACGUUGAAACAGAGUUGGCCAAAGCUGAUGUUAAAAUUUUACACAUGCAAGAAGAAUUUGAUAAAUUAAUAUCUGACUUAAAUGUAAAAGAUUCCAUUAUUGAUACAUUAAAUAUUACUUUAAAUCAGAAUCAAGUCACGCUGUCUACCCUCAGUCAAAAUGUAGCCGAUUUUGACAACAAAAUUUCCAUUAAAAAUGCAGAAAUUGAUCGACUACAGAAAUCUUUGCAGAAAGUUACAGACAACCUAAAUAAAACAAUUGAAAACUCAAACCAUAGCCACGAAGAGCUUAAAAAAUUACAUUCUGAAAAAGAAGACAUUAAUAAACAAAUAUACACUUUAAAUGAUGAAAUCGUGGCUAAAAAUUCGGACAUAACGAAAUUAACUAGCCGACUUGAAGAACUUGAUAAAGUGAACACACAGUACAAAUUAAAUUUAGAUAAUAAAGAUAAAGAAAUCAAAGAGUUGCGGCAAUCAAUCGUUGAAUUAACUGAUAAAAUCAAUUCAGAAACAUCGACCGUUCAUAACGAUGUAUAUGCAAAAUUGCUAGAAGAUAAAGAAAGUACUGAGAACAAAUGUGCUGAACUUAACAGCAUCUUAACGUCAAAAGAAAAUGAACUAUCAGAAUUAAAUCGGAAGCUGAAUUCAUUAGAAAAUACAUGUUCAGAAUAUAAACUAAAUAUAGAGAAAGAAACAGCUGAAAAAGCGGAGUUAAUAAAACUGGUAAGCCUUAAACAUAAUGAAAGUCUUCAAUAUCAUGCAGAAAUACAGCGUUUAAACCACGUUAUAUUAGAACAAAAUACUGAGUUCAAAAAAAUAUUUGAAGAAAAAGAUGCAUUACUUAAAAGUCAAACCGAGAAUUGUCAUAACUGUGAGAAAUUACUAGGCACAAUUAAAGAGAGAGACGAAGCUAUAGUAUCGUUGAACCAGUCAUUAAGCGAUUACGAAAGAUUGAAGGCAGAAUUAACAACUGCUACAGACACGAUGCGUAAUUUAACUAAGAAUUGCGAAGAUUUGGACAAAAGCUUAACUAUUCAGUUGGAGACCGUAAAGAAAUUGACAGCAGAAAAUAUACAGUUGUCAGAAAAAGAGCAAAACUCUACACGGGAGUUGGAGCGUUUACGUCAUCACCUGAUGGAGACAGAGGAGAGUUACACACAGGAGCUGAUGAUAUCGGAGCAGAAGCUUACGGAGUGUCAGACGAGAUUACACCAAGUUGAAGAUCGGGCGAAGCAGACUAGUACUGUAUAUACUAGUAAUAGCAUUCGAGCCAAUCAAGAAGUCGAGACCCUUAGGAAUCAAAUCAAACUAUUAGAAAAGCAACGAGAGGAUGUUCAGUCCAGGUUAAGUGAAGCCGAUGACGUGAGAAGUCGGAGUGAAGCGGCCAUUACGAACCUUCAAGUGGUCUUAGAACAAUUUCAAUUAGACAAAGAACGAGACAUACACGCUGCGACUGAGCGAAUAAGAAAUAAAAUGGAAGAGAUUAGAAGAGAAAAUCAGGGUUUACAGGAAGAAAUCGGUCGACUCAAAGCUAAAUUGGAAGAAUCCAUCGCUGGGCUACAAGCGGCAGCUAGGCUUGGAGAUCAGGUGGAAACUAAGACAGCUCAAAUUAAUGAUUUGAAAGAACAAGUACGUACAUUACAAACAACUAUAACGGCUGCAGAGGAGCGAUACUAUAACGCAAUAUCGAACCAGCAAGACAAGGUCGACAAAAACCUUGUGAAGAACCUGGUCAUUAAUUAUGUGCUUACCGCGGGACAAAACAAUUUGAACAGGACACAAACUCUACGCAUCCUAUCAACAGUCCUAGACUUUAACAAACAGGAAUGCGAGAGGCUGGGCCUGGUUAAAUCCAGUACAGCACCAGAUAGUCUAGCUGCUGAGUUUGUAAAGUUCUUGCAAAAUGAGUCAAGGCCCCGACCGCCUUUGCCGGAUAUUAUGAGUAUGCAGGCUCGAAGCUCUACACCGAGUACGUCGAGGAAAAGCUCGACUAUUGGUCCACAUCCAGUCUUCGAUCUCGGCCACAGGCGAAAUCCAUCAACGGGCUCCAACAACCUACUAUUCCAGAAUUUAGAUUCUGUGGAAACAUCCUCGCAGAAAUCUGCCGAAUCUGAAUCCAGGGUGAUACAAAUAACAACAUUGGAUACAGGGAUAAACCAAACCAGAAAUAAUGAGGGAGCCAUUUUGAAACAUGUUUUGAAAGAUAUAUAA